AUGGUCCUUAAAAUUGGUUCAGGUGACAUUGAUGAUUUAUCAACAUUGAAUGUUCUUGAUGAAGAAAGUCUUUUACGCGAAUUACGUGCUCGUUACAAAAAAGGAGUCAUCUAUACCUAUAUUGGAGAUGUACUCAUUGCAAUCAAUCCAUUUAAACAAUUAAACAUUUACGAGAAACAACAACAUGAUCUCUAUAAGGAUGUUCGAUGUCGACAUCAAUUAACGCCGCAUAUAUUUUGGGUGGCUGAUCAAGCCUAUAGAAAACUUUGUUUAUCGAAAAAAGCACAAUGCAUUGCUGUUUCAGGAGAGAGUGGAGCUGGAAAAACGGAAUCGACAAAAUUGAUGGUUUCCCAUAUAAUUCAUUGUUCGGGUGAUGCAGGUGACCGUGAAUUACAAAAUCGAAUUAUUGAAACAUCACCAUUACUUGAAGCAUUUGGAAAUGCUCAAACGUGUAUGAAUCAAAAUUCAAGCCGUUUUGGAAAAUAUUUGCAAUUGAAUUUUACAAAUACAGGUCGCAUUGUUGGUGCGAAAGUUUAUGAUUAUUUACUUGAAAAAUCUCGUGUUGUUCAACAUGGUCCUGGCGAACGAACAUUUCAUUUCUUUUAUUAUUUAUUUGCUGGUCUGGAAAAAGAAUCGUUAGAAUAUUUUUAUUUGGAUGAUCCUGAAACUUAUAGAAUUUUAAAAGAUCCAUGUGGCGGAAAAGUUUUUCCAAGUCGAUCAGAUUUUAAACAUUGUCGACAAAUGUUCAGUACACAAAAAGAAAUUAUGGGAAGAGUUGGAUUUACUGAUAAUGACAUAAAUAUGGUGUUUACUAUUCUGUCGGCUAUUCUUCAUUUAACAAAUAUUCAAUUUUCACAUGAUGACGAAACUGAUGGAGUUUAUAUUGAGGAUGAAUAUCCAUUGGAAGUUGUUUGCACUUUACUUGCACUUGAUCAAGAAAUUCUCACGAUGGCUCUUAUUUCAACAUUUAGCAUAACGAAAGGUGAACGUGUAAUAAGUUUAAAGAAUUUCGAUCAAGCUAAUGAUUGUCGAGAUGCUCUUGCUAAAGCAUUGUAUGAACGUUUAUUUUCAUGGAUUGUUAAACAAAUCAAUACACUUUUACAGCCCAAUCGAAGACAUAAUCAAACUGAUAAUAAUAUUUAUCGUACAUGCUCAAUCUUAGAUAUGUCAGGCUUUGAAAAUUUUCAAGUUAAUAGCUUCGAACAAUUGUGUAUCAAUGUUGCAAAUGAACAUCUUCAGUAUUAUUUUAAUGAGCAUAUUUUUCUACAAGAAGAACAAGAUUAUCGAACAGAAAAUGUAUCAUCGGAUAAAGUUGAAUUUCAAAAUAAUGAAGAUUUAAUUGAUUUAUUCAUGGGCACAUUGGGCAUAUUUGCAUUACUUGAUGAAGAAUCUCGUUUUCCAAAAGCAAACGAUGAAUCAUUGGUACAAAAAUUUCACAUUCAUUGCAAAAAUCAUGUAAGAUAUAUAAGACCACGAGGCAAUGAAACAGCUUUUGGAAUUCAUCAUUAUGCUGGAAAAGUUGUGUAUGAUGCUCGAGGAUUUUUAGAAAAAAAUCGAGAUAAUCUUAGCGCAAAUCUAAUCGAAUGCAUGGAAAAGAGUGGCAUUGAAUUAAUUAGCUAUUUGUUUACUAUUAAUGAUGACACAAGUAGUACACCUGAUACUGUGUUAUCAUCUUCAAUGAUGACUAGACCGAAAACAAAUUCAUUUUAUCCAACUCGUCCCCCAAAAUCUUAUGAUACCGAUCAAACAAAAGAAAAUUUAAGUCAAAAAGCAGCUAAAUCUCUUCGACAAGAAUCGCGACCAUUGAAAGCUAAUACAGUUCAAAAAGAACGAUUUAGUCAGCAUACUGUUGCCGUUCAUUUUAAAGUAACUAUUUUUAAAAUUUGA